CGCUGUCUACAACAAGCACAAUGGAGGGACUGUUAUUGUGUCUGCUCGUGGCCACUGUCACUGGAGAGACAUUCUUGGUCAAACCGGCCCAAUUGGUUCUGCAGAAAAGUGAACCGCGACCCGUGUUACAGAUUCGGCCGGGUGAGAUCCAGGUGAAUGUUGAACCAGCCACGACCGGGGUUCAGUUUGGACUGGGAGCCUUUGAUGGAGGUUCUGUAGGUUCAAGCGGCCUCCUCGGAAUCGGCGGUUCACAGCUUGGUUCAGGCGGUUCUUCCCUACAGUCCACAGGGUCACAAUCCUUCGUGUCUUCAUCGCAGUCCUUCAGUAGCUUCCAGCAGGGUGCAGGUGGAGCUCAGGGAUUCGGAGAUGGUUCACUCGGACCGCAGACUUCGGGCAGCUUCCAAUUCGUGUCUGGCGGUUCGUCCCAAGGGGAGGGAAACUUCCAGCAAGGGACAGGCGCUUCAGCACAAGGAGCGAGUGGUUUACUGCAGGGACUCGACAGCGCCCAACUGAGUGGCAGUAGGCAAGCGCAAGGGUUCAGUGGUUCACUAGAAAACUUAAGUGGCUCUCGACAGAUAUCCAGCAACCUCCAACUUGGUGGUCUUGUCCAAGGGUCUUUGAACCAAGGAUCGGGACAGGCCCUUGGCGGUUCGCAGCAGGGUUCAGGAGCGGCAUCGCAACCCGGUGGUGCCCUUCAGCAAACAUCUGGAUCCUUACAAAACACAGGUGGUUCACCUCUAGGAUUUGAAGCUUCCCCACAGGGCUUCAGUCCAUCACAAGAAUUCAGCGGCUCCACAAGUGGUUCAAGUGGGGCCCCACAGGGUUCAAGUGGUUCAUCACAAGGGUUCGGUGAUUUGUCGCAAGGGUCUAAUGGUCCAUCACAAGAGUUCAGUGGUUCAGUCCAAACACCAGAAACUUCCGUUCAAGGGUCAAGCGGUUCAUCACAAAGAUUAAGUGGCUCCACGCAAACCUCCAGUGGUUCAUCACAGUUCAGUGGUUCCACACAGGGUGCUAGCUUUUCAUCACAAGGAUUUGGCGGUUCACCUCAGUUCUCAAGCGGUUCACCACAAGGCACAAGAGGUUCACCACAGUUAGGUGGUUCUACUCAAGGUUCCAGUGGUUCACCGCAACUGAGUAGUUCUACCCAAGGUUUAGAUGGUCCAUCGCCGGUAAGUGGUCCUACUCAAGGUUCACUACAAGGAUCAGGAGCCUCGCAGAGCUUUGGUGGCUCACCUCAAGGUUCAACUGGUUCAUCACAAGGGUUCAGUGGUUCACAAAGAUUUAGUGGUUCUGCCCAAGGUUCUAGAGGUUCAGCUCCAGGGGCAAGUGGUUCAUCGCAAGGGUUCAGCGGAGCAGUACAAGGUUCAACUGGUUCAUCACAAGGGUUCACUGGUGUAGAACAAGGAUCAGCUGGUUCAUCACAAGGGUUCAGUGGUUCACAAAGAUUUAGUGGUUCUACCCAAGGCUCUAGUGGUUCAGCUCAAGUGUCAGCUGGCUCUCCACAAGGGUUCAGUGGGUCUGCACAGGGUUCUAGUGGUGCACCUCAGGGAUCAAGUGGUUCAUCGCAAGGGUUCAGCGGAGCAGUACAAGGUUCAACUGGUUCAUCACAAGGGUUCAGUGGUUCACAGAGAUUUAGUGGUUCUGCCCAAGGUUCAAGAGGUUCAGCUCCGGGGGCAAGUGGUUCAUCGCAAGGGUUCAGCGGAGCAGUACAAGGUUCAACUGGUUCAUCACAAGGGUUCAGUGGUUCACAAAGAUUUAGUGGUUCUGCCCAAGGAUCUAGAGGUUCAGCUCCAGGAUCAAGUGGUUCAUCGCAAGGGGUUGGUGGUGCAGUACAAGGGUCAGCUGGUUCAUCUCAAGGGUUUAGUGGUUCUACCACAGGCUCUAGAGGUUCAGCACAAAAAUUCAGCGGAUCUGCACAGGGCUCCAGUGGUGCACCUCAAGGAUCUAGUGGUUCAUCACAGGGAUCGGGAGGUUUAUCUCAAGGAUUAGCGGGUUCAACCAAGGGAUUCGGUGGUUCACCACAGGGAUCGAGUGGAUCACCUCAGAGCCCUGGAGGUUCAGCCGCAGGAUCAGGUGGUUCACAAAGGUUCGGCAGCCCUGGACAAGUCGUGGGUGGUUCGUCGCGCGGAGUCUCCGAGGGCGGGCGAGGAAGCGCGACGGCUGGUUCCGGGCGGACGGGCGUGGCCUCCGCCGGCGCCGUGGCCGCGGCGCAGAAGAGCGCGGGCGCCGCCCUGUUCCGCAGCUCCUUCGACAGACGCCAGAACGCCGCCGGCCAAGGCCAGCGAGGCGGCGGCCGAGGAUCUCAGGCCUUCAGCAACUCUCCGUUCCCGUUGGCUCCGGUUCCUUCGCCGGAGAACAUCGAGGAAAUCAAGGGCGUGUUCGAGCCCCUGAACCUGCCCUCGGGAGCCACCCUCCUUCUGGGGAACAUCGCUGGCACCUUCACUUGCAGAGACCGACCUUACGGAUACUAUGCCGACCAAGAUAAUUCCUGCAGGAUCUUCCACAUCUGCUAUCCUGCCUUGUUUACUGAUGGCCGAACCGAGACUUACCAGUACAGCUUCAUGUGUGGCGAAAGAACCCAAUUUGACCAGAAAGAAAUGACCUGCGUCCACGAGAAGGAAGCCAUACCCUGCAGUUCGUCGCCGGAAUACUUCUACAGGAACAGCGAGUUCGGACUUCCUGAGGAACGCGCACAGUUUUGAAGACGGAAACCACGACCUCGCUUCAACUUGUCCAGCCUUUGUCUUCUGGAUCGCCCCGCUCUUGUGUGUUUCUGUGUGUUAUUGUUGCAUCCUUUGCACAAAGCAGUCUCUGAGAGACACGGGAUCACAAUAUCACAAUAAAUAACAAC